AUCGGGUCUCUAUCAGAGCCCUGUGAGCGUACGUUUCCGUUGUCGCUACAUGCGAUAAUCAUUGAGCCACAUUGUGAGGCGCAUCCUCAAUCUACUUGUUUACUUUGCCCUUGUUGCUUGGACACAUGGAACAUACCUAUCCUGACGACCCGUGUGUAUAGGAGAUCUUAUAUUGCCAUUUCUUCUCAUUCCGCUAUCACAAUGGACAUCGACCCAGCUAGGCGCAACAAGAAGCCCCGCCUCCUCUUGGAGACGGAGCGCGAGAAGCUUGAUGAAUUCGUGGACUCUAUUCACUACUCCGCAAGAUACAACGACGACAAAUUCGAAUACCGCCAUGUGCAGCUCCCGAAGAACAUGCUCAAAAAAAUCCCCGCAGACUACUUCGACAGCGCCAAGGGAACUCUGAAAUUGCUUUGGGAGGAGGAAUGGCGGGCUCUGGGUAUCACACAAAGCUUGGGAUGGGAGCAUUACGAGGUGCAUGAACCAGAACCUCAUAUAUUAUUGUUCAAGCGCCCACUCAACUACCAGCCCCCUCUGCAACAAUAA